UAUAAAAUCCCCUGUUUCAGUGUAGUGUAAGCCACCAACCCUUCACCAAAUCUCUUUAUCUCAGUUGUCCUUCUCCUUUCUUUCUUUCUAUCUUUUCAUCUCUCCCUCUGUUAAACAAAACCAUCAUUCUUCAGCUUCAAUGGCGUAAAGCAACAACAAGACCCUUAUCCUUGCGUGCGCGAAAACAACAAAAACAAACAAACAAACAACACAUUCUAAACACAAUUCUAUUUAUAUUUUUGUGUUUGUGGGAUCAUUUUGGAAGGCUGGAAAUAGUGUGAAGAGUGUGUUGUUUGGUGAGUUUUUUUUCGUUGUGUAUUUAUGUUUAUGAAGAUAGGAAAUUUUAUAGAAAGUAAACCUGGGAAAGACCGGAGAUUAUAUUCUGGAAGGAAUAUUUGAUUGCAUCCAUGAGAUCACAACGGCUCUGGCUUUCGCUAGGAUGAGCGAGUCUGCGUAUAAGGUUGAAACCACGUCGCGUCUUGCUCAAUGGCGGAUAGAAAAUUUGGCUUCCUGUACUUACCGCAAGUCCGAUCCUUUCAAGAUCGGCAAGUGGAACUGGCAUCUAACAGUGGAGAAGAGCAAGAUGUUGUUUGUCAAAUUGCAUCCUGAGAUAUCAAAUUUGACUAGAGAUAAUCCCCCAAUUGCUUCUUUCAUUAUUCGAGUGGUUUGUUCUGUUGGAGAUCGCAAGUCUUUGACUCAUCCAGAAAUCACAGACAGGAAGCUCAAGAGCAACGACGAUUUUGUUUGGGCAAUUGAGGUUCCCUUGACUGGAAAAUUCAUCAUUGACGUCGAAUUUCUUGAUUUGAAGAUUGUACCUCCAGAAGGUGGAGAGCCUUGCUCUAUUUGGGCUGAAGGAUUCUCUGGAAAACGAUCAAAUGCAACUGCUCUUGCAUCUCUUGGUCGAAUGUUGAGGGAGAAUAUCCACACGGACAUCAUUAUUAAUGCUUCUGAUGGAAGUAUUGGAGCUCAUCGUGCGGUUCUUGCUGCGCGAUCGCCUGUUUUUCGCAGCAUGUUUUCACAUGAUCUGAAAGAGAAAGAGCUCUCAACUAUUAACAUUUCUGAUAUGUCGAUUGAAGCUUGUCAAUCUUUUCUCAGUUAUAUUUAUGGGAAUAUCGAACAUGAGGACUUUCUCACCCAUCGAUUGGCGCUUCUUCGCGCAGCUGAUAAGUAUGACAUCUCCGACUUGAAAGAGGCUUGCCAUGACAGUCUUUUGGAAGACAUUGACGCAAAGAAUGUGCUUGAGAGACUGCAAAAUGCAUCUCUAUUUGCAUUGCCGAAACUGAAGAGCAGCUGCAUGCGGUAUCUUGUGAAGUUUGGCAAGAUAUAUGACAUUCGAGACGAGUUCAAUGCGUUUCUGCUGUGUGCUGAUAGGGAGCUUAUAGCUGAAGUCUUUCAUGAAGUUCUGAUUACCUGGAAAGGUUUCUGAAAUUCAGCCCACCAAGUCUGUGUGUUUGCAAUUGCAUAUCCAAAAAUGUCCAUGAAAUGGGUUAUAGAUAAAAUUUAGUGUGCAGGUUUUGUUGGCAAGAAGAUGAUUCUUUGUUCAGAUGGAAUUUGUUAAUGUACAGAAGUAUAUUGGCUUUCAUGGCAUAGGGUGUAGUAUUCUUGAAACAGAGGAAUGCUUAUUCAUGAAUUGUAAUGAUCUAAUUUAAGUGGAAUGGAUUUGAUUUGAAAUUUA